ACACACGCAUACACACACUUACACACAAACUCACUUAGAAAGAAAGAGAAAACGAGAGAGAGAGAGAGAGGAGAUGGGUGAAGAUAUGCGAGGAGUGGGAGUAGCCGCAAAGUGGCCACCGGUUAUAGUAAUGGUGAUAUCACAAGUAGCGAUGGGUUCGGUGAACGCACUUGUGAAGAAAGCUCUUGAUGUUGGUGUGAACCAUAUGAUCAUUGGUGCUUAUCGAAUGGCUAUUUCCUCUUUCAUUCUUGUUCCCAUCGCCUAUAUUUUGGAAAGACACCAAAAUUUUCAAAGGAAAAUAAUACCGAAAAUAACGUUAAGGCUAAUGGUGGAUCAUUUCAUCAGUGGUUUGCUCGGUGCUAGUCUGAUGCAAUUUUUCUAUCUGCUUGGUCUGUCGUACACGUCAGCCACUGUUUCGUGUGCUUUGGUAAGCUUGAUGCCUGCAAUCACCUUCGCAUUUGCUUUUAUUUUCAGGACAGAAAAGGUACAGAAUCUGAAGACCCAAGCAGGGAUGUUAAAAGUGAUGGGAACUCUAAUAUGUAUAAGUGGAGCGUUGUUCUUAACAUUUUACAAAGGCCCUCAUAUAUCAAACUCUCACUCUCACAUAGAGUCUCUUCCCCACAACAACAACAACAACAAGACCAAGAAUUGGCUUCUUGGAUGUCUCUACUUGACCAUAGGAACCUUGUUGCUAUCUCUAUGGAUGUUGUUUCAAGGGACUUUAAGCGUCAAGUACCCUUGCAAUUUCUCAAGCACUUGUCUCAUGUCAGUGUUUGCAGUGUUUCAAUGUGCUUUAUUGAGUCUUUACAAGAGCAGAGAUGUUAAAGAUUGGGUCAUCGAUGAUAAAUUUGUGAUCGGCGUCAUUGUAUACGCUGGAGUGAUAGGACAAGCAAUGUCGACGGUAGCAACGAUGUGGGCGAUAAAGAAAUUAGGAGCUGUUUUCGUAUCAGCAAUUAUGCCAAUUUCUCUCUUUUCAGCUACUCUAUUCGAUUUCCUACUCUUACACACUCCUUUAUACCUCGGAAGUGUGAUUGGAUCGAUAGUGACAAUAAUGGGUCUCUACGUGUUCUUGUGGGGUAAGAAGAAAGAAACGGAAGCUUCCCGGAUGAAUAACGAAGAUCAAAAUAGUAAUAAUGAUAAGGACAGUACUAGGUCACCGCCAGUUUAACUAAAUAAUUUUGUUAUUCUACAAACAGCAUCGUCGUAGUAUGCUUUAUCUCGGUGACUCGGUAUUUGGAUGUUUUGGUCUUUUUCUCAAUUUAUGAUUCUCUUCAGAAGUCUAUGUAUCAAAGUUUGUUGUGACUGAU